CCCACACGGCCCGCUUGGCAUCGAGAUCACAUCACAUCACCGGAACUCGCCAACGUUGUUGCGUCCGUCUUUGACGUGUCCGUCUGUCGGCCGAAAGCCUAACUUUCCCGAGUCGCUGCGCUUGCUGUCGGGUGUGAGUGGGAACCAUACGAGGCUCGAGACAAAUUACUUUGCAUCCUGCCACUUAAAUACCGUCAAUGCGAUCCUCAAUCUGCAUUUCCACGCCCCUCUCUCGAGCCCCUUUCCGAUGUGGUCAUCCAACUUGAACCCCACUUUUCCUACCUGGGCCGAACAAUUGCACAUCGACCCCACGCUUUGCAACGCUUGACACUAUUUACUAAAUAAGCCGAGGUCGACAUAUCGCCUAGGAACGGGAGGCGCACCACAAGGUGCUUUUUGAAGGGAUAACACGCACGGCAGCCGGGGCGGAAAAUGGCCAUGUCACUGACCGACAACCCGGUCCGCAGCGGUCAACAUGCCGUCUACGGCCGGCCGGGCAGCGGGCGGAGCUCGACAUCCUCGCUAAGCGACAACAACGACCUGGCCAUCACGCCGUGCCCCGUCGACAGCUCCGCAGCCCCACACGCCGCCCAGCAGUGGCGCACCCGGCCCGCCGGCGCACCCCAAGGCCAGGCCCGAACAACACCGCCGCCCAGCUGGCGCAACAGCCUGGCGGCAAGCAGCCUCGACGGGCUUGACGGCGGCGAGCCCCCCGACGCCGGCAACAACGGCGACGGCGUCGACUCCAGGACGCUGUGGCGGCGCAUGCUCGCCAUCCAGCGCAUGUUUGGCUGCUACAACUCUGCGCGCAUGCGCGCUGCUCUCGACGCCGGCGUUGAUGACGAGAGAUUGAUUCCGUCUAGGACCUGCCUCGACCUGUUGAACGACAGCAUCGACCAGUUGCCCGAGGAGUCCAAGCGCGAGCUCGAACGAUUCCUGGAAAAUGAGGGCGAGGCCGCCUCGCAGGGAACCAAGCGCGGCUGGAUACAGCGCUUGCUGCAUAGCCCGACUACCCUCCGGCACUGAAUGCGAGGGUCGGGUCUGGGUUGGAGUUUUUCCUUUGUCGGUCUGGGUCGGAAAAGCAAUCGGAGAACCAACUUCGCGCGUCUGGAACGCGAGAUUAUAAUGCCAGUUUUUUUUUUCUUUUUUUUUUCUCGCUUUUUCUUCUUUUUUUCUCUCGCUUUUCUCUUUUUGUUGGGGAACGGGGAUUGGGGCGGCGUUUUAUUUUCGGAUCAUUUCGGGGAUCGGCGGUACGGAAGCUGUUUCCGGAGGCUUCUAGACCCGGCACGGGGUUUCAUUGUGUGAUCGGAUUACGUGUGCGCGCGCGCGUGUGUGUGUGUGUGUGUGUGUGUGAUCCAUACAGAUUGGACCUGUACCCAUGAUACCCCUUUAUUUUAAGCGCGGAAAUUAAAUUU